AGAAACAGAGCAGCUCUGAAGGCGAUUACUAAGAAAUCCUGUCCCAUGGGAACACCCAGCAGUUCAGAAAUAAUACAGACUUGACUGCAUCCAAGAGAUAGAGAGAGACAUAACAACUUUGUGUCUUCUUACAACACUGACGCUACAAAUGAUCUACCAAGCACUGGUUCUGUGCUGAUGGGCAGAGACUCAUAUUAGCUGCAUAUAUGAAAAACUGCGCAUGUAAGCCUGUUUCACAACUAAUUCUUACUGUCUGUUUAACAGUUUGAUUGCAAUAUGUCUUAAUGUUCCUAUUAGCAUUUUUCAAAUCUGGGAUAUAAAGAGAACUGCUAAUCCUGCACUUUUACCUUUGCAGCUGGUUGCUCCCGGCGGCCCAGGGGAAUGGAACUCUUCCUGGGGAUCUUUCUUGCUGGUCUGACCGUCCUUGUGGCAGUAGCAUUCUACUAUGAACACUCCAAGGCUGAAGUCCCUCAUGGAUUUAGUCAGCGCCAAAAGCUUUACUUUUUUCAUUACACCCUGAACUUCACAUUGGGCCUGGCAAAAUUUCUGGAAAAAGUAGGUAUCAUCUCAGAGGUCUCUUUCCUGAGGGCUGCAAUAGAAGGAAUACCACCAUUAAAAGAUAAACAUCUUCUUACCAAGGACUUAAGCUUUGAAAGGGUUCCAGUCAGAAUUUACCAGCCAAAAGCAUCAACCACUGGCCAAAGAAGAGGACUUCUUUUUUUUCAUGGAGGAGGUGGACAGUUUGGAAGCAUUCGCGUCUAUGAAAGAAUGUGCUGCUAUUUUGCUCGAAAAAGCAAUUCAGUGGUUGUGUGUGUUGGGUAUCGCUUGGCUCCUGAGCAUCCACAUCCAGCCCCACUUGAGGACUGUCUCAGUGCCACCAUACACUUUAUGAAGACUGCAGAAGAUUACGGAGUAGACCCUUCUCGCAUUGUCAUCUGUGGAGACAGCAGCGGGGGGACACUCACUGCUGCUGUUGCCCAAGCACUGGUGAAUAGAAGAGAUCUCCCAAAGCUGAGAGCACAGAUCCUAAUAUAUCCUUUACUACAGUUUGUGGACUUUGAAUUGCCUUCUUAUCAGCAGAAUAAGGGAAUCCUUGCUUUUUCAAAGGAACGAGUCCUCAUUCUUACUUUGAAGUAUCUUAAUAAAGACUUGUCACUCAUGGAAGCGAUACUUAAAGGUUGUCAUAUGCCAGAAGAUUUGCAACUGAAGUAUCAGAAAUGGGUGAGUCCUGACUACAUCCCUCAUGAGUUUAAAAAAAGAGGGUACAAGCCAAGGACAACACACCCAUUCUCAAAAGAACUCUAUACGCUGGUCAAGCCUCUGUUUGACUUGGUUCUCUCACCACUGCUAGCUGAAGACAGCGUUAUUGCCCAGCUUCCUGAGACUUUCCUUCUAACCUGUGAAUUCGAUGUGCUUCGAGAUGACGGACUGCUGUACAAGAAACGAUUAGAGGAUCACGGUAUAAAAGUGACCUGGUGCCAUCUGCAAGAGGGAUUCCAUGGAACAAUAUUCUUAGCUUCCCUUGGUGAGGUGAUGGCUUUCCGCUCUGGAAAUAAAGGCCUGGAAAAGAUAGUAGAUUUUCUAAGACUGAUGUAAAAUUCCACUUCUUGCUUUCCUUUCCUGAUUCCUAUCUCUCAUUGCUUCCAAAGGUUUUUUAAAAAAACACCAUCAAUUCUCCUUUUCUUAAAUCACCUUCCUAAAUUUCUGCAUUGCAUCUGUCUUAUUUUUACCCAAUAAAUUGAUUUGGUGAUGGCUUUUUGCUUCAUUUUCUCAUAUUACAAGUAAAAUCAGGUGAACUUACCUUUCUUUCCUCUGCCACCUCUCCAGAGUUUUCUCCUGUACCCAUAAAAGAUCUGGUCCCGUGUUUUGCAAUGCGGUUUAUCUCAAUAAAGUUUUGGUAAUAUUUAUAAAAAAACACAAUUUGAGGAGAACUUGGGGCAGGUAACAGGGCGUGAAUGUGCAGGGUAAGUGCGUGGGAAAAAGGGGAAAGGGAAAGCAAACUGUCGUAUGUCAUUCUGAUCACCAGAUGUCAGUAUACAAUUGAGUGUUUAAUGCCAGCAGAACAACUGAAUAGACUGAAAUAUUUUUACUGAACCUGUUGUUGUGCCUUCAUAGACUAAACUGCAUGUUUACUAACAAAGCAUAUUUUAAAUAAUAACAAUUAUAAAGUUAGAUCACCUGUUCUAAACCAACUCAGAGCAGUUUAUUACAGAAAGCUAAAACUUCAAUUAUCUUCUGCUUGACUGUCUUUAUCUUUUUGUACUACUCUAGUUAAGUCAAGAUAUGAGCGCAAGUAUUUUGAAAAAUAAACAGGCAAUUAGAAAACAUUCCAAAUGUAUUAACCCUAGUAUUUAAAAAUAAUACUACUUAUUUAAAAGCAUUUAACAUUAUUCUCUGCCUGUGAUGUGCAUUUUCUGUACUGCUCCUGAAAAUAAAUAGGCAUAAUCCUGCAAACUAUACCUGCA